AUGUUCAGAGCAGUGUGCCGUCGAGCUGCGAGGCAAUUGAACACCACAAGCCGUUGUGCGGUGGUCGGAAGGCGAUAUCUGCAUGCCCCCGUGCCUUUCGAUUGGAAAGACCCACUAGGCGCUAAUAAUCUGUUUACGGAGGAAGAACUUGCCAUAGCGGAGACUGCAGAGUCAUAUUGUCAGGAGCGCAUGCUCCCAAGAGUCCUAGGUGCAUUAUACCCUACAGAGGCCUACCGAAAAGAGGACUUUGAUAAGAAGAUCUUGGAAGAGAUGGGAGAGCUGGGUCUGUUGGGUGCAACGAUACAAGGUUAUGACUGUGCGGGCGUCAGCAGUGUAGCCUCUGGUCUGAUUACAAGGGCGGUGGAGAGGGUGGACUCAGGUUACCGGUCUGGCUAUUCAGUUCAGAGUGCGCUGGCCAUGGGGGGCAUAGAAGAGUUUGGAACCGAAGAGCUCAGAGAAAGAUUGUUGCCCAAGAUGGCAAAGGGAAAAUUGCUGGGCUGCUUCGGUCUUACCGAGCCAAAUCACGGUUCAGACCCAGGGUCCAUGGAAACCACAGCAAAGCCUCACCCAUCAAAGAAAGGUUACUACGUUCUCUCUGGCUCCAAGACCUGGAUCACGAACUCUCCUAUCGCCGACGUACUCCUCAUAUGGGCAAAGCUGGAAAGUACAGGGAAGAUUCGUGGAUUUGUCAUAGAACGUGACCAGUGUCCACCUGGCACCCUCGAGACACCGCCAAUCAAGAACAAGAAUGGACUGCGCGCUUCGAUCACCGGCAUGAUCCAGAUGGACGAGUGCCCCGUCCCCGAAGCCAACAUGUUUCCCGACGUAGAAGGCUUGAAGGGACCAUUUAGCUGCCUGAAUUCGGCCAGAUACGGUAUUGCCUGGGGUACCAUAGGCGCGUUGGAGGACUGCGUUGCAAGAGCGAGGGAAUAUGCGUUGGAGAGGAAACAAUUCAAGGACAACCCGAUUGCAAAGUACCAGCUUGUGCAGAAGAAGCUGGCCGACGCUACGACGGACGCAGCCUAUGGUAUCCUUGCUGCCUAUCAAGUGGGACGACUAAAGGACGAGGGCAAGGUAGCACCCGAGAUGAUUUCAAUGAUCAAGAGGCAGAACUGCGACCGAGCUCUGGUCAACGCGCGAGCACUGCAAGAGAUCUUUGGUGGAAAUGCCGUGAGCGACGAGUAUGGCAUUGGAAGGCACGUGGCCAACCUGUUCGUGACGCAGACGUAUGAAGGACAAAGCGACAUCCACUCCCUGAUCCUCGGUAGAGCAAUCACCGGCAUUCAAGCCUUCUGUUGA